AUGACGGAACCUGAGAUCUCUGCGCCGACUAAAGAGGGUACCGCUCCACCCCCGAAACCGAGGCGUGUGAGAACCGGAUGUCUCACUUGCCGAGAGAGACACCUCAAAUGCGACGAAGGACUACCGACAUGCCAGAAUUGCAAAAGAUCCAACCGAAAAUGCAAACGUGGGGUACGCUUGAACUUCAUCGACAUCUCAUGCGAGAGACCGCCCUACCUGCUCCCCCCGACUCAUGAUUGGAAAGUCACCUUCCAGGACGACUCGCGCGACAUUGCAUCGGAGUACCUUGGUGGACUCGAACGGUACCUUCCACUUGAGCCGAAACCUAAACGACAGAAGCUGAAUGCGCCGCCGGUGGAAUACAGCUAUGGUCAAAUUGCUGCGCCGAUCAUGUCACAUCAACAGCUCCCUAACCCCCAAUCUUAUUCCACCUCGUACGCCGACCCGUCCGAGGCCUUGUACCAAAACUCUACUGGUCAACCCUACACCGAAACAGCAGCAACUGCAAUGGCAUCCUUCUCCGAGACAGCACAAGGCGCAAGGCCUUCCUACGAGAACUCCGUGCUGGUGCCGACCGAGCAGGGUCACUAUCCUGCGCCUCCUCUGGCAGACCGCACCGAGGUAUUGUACAUGCAGGUCUUCGUUGAAGAAGUGGGCCUGUGGAUGGACUCGAUGGACGCUGACAAACAUUUCUCCCGUCUCAUUCCCUUCCAAGCAUUACGAGAACCCAUGUUGAAGUACGCGCUGCUGGCCUGCGCUGUUCGUCAUCUUACUCUGGUCAGCUCUGCCUAUCCAGAAGAGCAUGCACUAGAUUACUACAAUAGCGCAACGCAACUCCUGUUGAAGUCGCUCCAGAAUCCAGACAGGGACAGCGUGCUCUGUGCCACCACGGCGACCAUUCUCAACGUGUACGAAGUUAUGUCCGAAAAGGCGCUGCAAAGAAUGAACCAUAUUGCCGGCGCUCGUGCUCUCAUCAAGGAGUGCCGGUGGGAUGCUACUUCAACAGGCAUUGGAGCCGCCUGCUUCUGGUUGAAUGUGGGACUUGAGUUGUUCAGCUGUCUCCAUUUCAACUGGGGUGUCGCUUGGGACCCUGACACCUGGGGUCUCGACAUGACAAUGAACCCUCAGCACGUAGGCGGAAACGAGGACCAGUGGACUCACAAAAUGUUGUGGAUUUUGUCAAAAAUCACCAACUUCCGCUCCACGGCGCAAUCGCGUUUUCAAGAUGCCAGUGUCCAUGCAGAGCAGGUACGCUUACACCAGAGACAUCAACAGUGGUUGGGCCUAAAACAAUUUUGUGAUCGUUGGCACAACUGUGUCCCUCUAACCAUGCACGCGAUGGCUUACGUCCCAGCCUAUUCAACCUCGUCAAAAAGCUGUUUCCCAGAGGUCUGGUAUAUCAAAAGGACGACGAUAGUUGCACGGCUUUUCUACCACACAGCCAUGGCACUGCUCGGUAUGGUCCAUCCGCUAGCCAGCGUCCAACCUCAGACGGGGGAAGAAAUGCAGGAGAUGAGAGUGUUUCAUUCCAGACAGAUCUGUGGAAUAGUGGCCCACGUCAAAGACAGGGGCGUCGCCUCAGCCUCCAUCCGAUGUCUCGCCGUCGCAGGAGAAAACCUCAAUGUCAGACGAGAACAAGAAGAGGUUUUGGAAAUCUUCGACCGAAUCAAAAAGGAAACUGGCUGGCGGGUCACAUUCAUUCAUGAUGAUCUCAAGGACAAAUGGGGCUGGAAUAACGCUGCUCCUGAUUACAAUGCUUUGAGCUCGGCCACGACAUACUAUUCACCCUCUGGCUCUUCUGCGCCUUCAGCACCGCCCACUUCGACUCCUCCUCGACCAAAAUACCCAGGCGGCAUUAUCAACCCUUUGUAUAAGAAUGCCGAUUUCUCCGCGCAGAACCCACCAUACCAGGGGAAUUAUGUCCCCCCAGCAGCAGCUGCUCCAGGACAUGGCUUACACGCCUCAACACAGAUGUAUGGGUACUCGGGAAUACCCACCUUAUGA